ACUUUUUUCUUUUUAAGACCCAGUUGCUGUUUUAGGGCCAUCAAGAAUAUAACAUGAAUGACACCAGGCACCAGUCUCUGUUCUUCAUCAGUCUGCCGGAGCUACAAAAACUCUGUGCCACUACGGUAACACUGAGUUCUCAGAUACCAGAAACUGAGACAAGGAGUACACAGAUAAAGAUUUGUAGACAAUUAUUAUUCCUGCAUCAAGACAUCCUUUCUGCACCUGUUAUGGGAACACUAAAUCAAAUUUCAGUUGUCAUGGCGAUGCCGUUUUACAAAUCAGGAAUAUGUCAAGUGUACGUAGAGAAACAAGGAGCUACUCUGGAAGCACCACAACCAGUUAGUCUGGCUCUUCUCCAAACCUGUCUCUCCUACACACUUACAGCCAGACUUGCACCCAGAUGGAACAAGGCUGGUCAUCUCUUGGUGCAAGGAAAAGACUUUUUGUCUCGUUCAGGAAGGCAAAAUGCUGUUGUUAUAGACCUCAGUGUGUCAGAGAGGCAGCUUUGCAUCAGUGUGGAGGCUUGCUCGAUUCGGUUGCCACCCCCUGAGCUGGGAGAUUUUGAUAUUUCAGCAAACACCUUGAAGAUGUUUGACAGCAAUGAAAAUACAGUUAUUCACCAACAUUCCAUAUUAAGUAACUGGUGCUAUGUUUUACCAAGCAUGAAAAUGGGUCAGAUCAUAAACAUUAGCCACGUAAUUCCUCCAGAAUCUCCUUUCCGUUCAUAUGAAGAAUUUCAGAUGCACUGGAAGAAUCUGUAUGGAUAUAUUCUUCCAGAGGAUCUUGAAGAAAAAGAAGUAUACUUCAGUGUUUACUUCAAGCCAAUAGGAGAAAGGCUCUUCACGUAUCCUUUAAGUUGCAUUCGAAGUCAGCCAGCACAGUAUUUCCCCAGAACAGAUUCAGAAAGCGUGUUGAACUCUUUUGUUUCUGACAUGAAGCACAGCCUUUCACAUCUAUGUGGAUUUCCAGUAAAGAUGACAAGUAAAGCACUUUAUGCUACACAGGAACUCUCCAGGGCUGCGGAAAUAAAAUCUAAGCGUGUGAAAUUGGAUGGUGAAGUGGUUUGUGUAGUAUCUCUAACGCAGACUUCUCCAAGACAACAGACUUUUCCUGGAAGUUCUUCAUCGUGCAGUACGAAAGACAGCCACUGGAUGGAGCGUUUGAUUAAAGAGCCAGCAACGCACACUUCCUUGAGUAGCCGUAAGGGUACAGCAAAGGUUUGCACUGACGCAACGGAGAAAUCAGUGAAUAAUAGGCAACUAUCAGCAGUACCAGAGUUACCAGUUUUAAAAUCUUUAGGAACGCCUGUAAAUUCGGCCUUUGAACCCAUCCCAAAAAAAGUCGGCAAAAUUAUACCAAUUUUCAAAGGAAAGUUAAUGCAAAUGAAUGGAAAGAGCGCAAAUCAAACAGAUGGGAAGAAAAGAGAAAAUACCGAGAGUUGUUCACCAGUAAAUGUUAUGGGUGUUUCAUCUGUCAGAAAUUCCCCUCACAGCAACAUACUUCAGGUGAUGAGUGCCAAAGCAUACAUAAAACAAGAUAUACCUGUAUUUCGAUGGAAAACAGAGUCUGUCAGACAAAUGACUAAUUCUGAUUUUUCUGAUAACUCAGCUUCAGGUGGGAAUUCAAGUGAAGUCAGUCACAAAAAGGCAAAUUCUCGUUCCUUUCUUAAGAAUGUUGGGUCAGUACUUCAGAAAUCAAACAUUGAUCUGAAUCUGGAUACAUAUUCAUCUCCUACUUCCACUGCAAGACGAGGAAAAAAGUUUGCAAGUCAAAAUGCUAAGCAAGUUCUUGAGAAAUACCACCAGUCAAAGGAAGUGCCUUUGCAGAUUUGUAAAUUAGACAAUGAAUUGACAAAUACGGAGUUAUCACAGCAACUAGGAAAGAGAUCAAAUGAAGGAGCAAGGUUAAAUAUUCAUGAGUCUGUCUUCAACAGUACAAUGUACAUCGCCAAAAAUGAAGAAAAUAAAGCAGCAUGCCAUUCUAAGGGCUAUAUUGUGAAGACAACCAGUCAACAUUCCAAAUCUAACUUUGAACAGAUGAUUACAGGGAAUGAGUAUCUGACAUGUGAAACACUGACCUCAAAACUGACUUCCUCAGUCAAGGAGAACAACAUGGAAGGAUGUGUAAAGAAAGGUUGUGCCAAAAGAAGACAGAAAGAAGAAAGUUGUCCAAAGUUAAAGAGAGACAAAAGAAGUAAGCCUUCUCUUUAGGUUUUCUGGAGUAUUGAAAGAAAACUGGGUUUCCUAGAGGGCAUUAACAUAUUUGAGGAUCUCUGAGUUUUGUGAAUUUUACUCUGUUUCACAUCAUUGGUACCUGUUUCUGAAUGAAAAACUGAGGGUUAAGUGCUUACAGGCAAGUGAAUCCAUGGAUGAAAAGCUGAGUGUUAAAUACUUAAAAGUCAAUUGAAUCCUUGUAUCUACAACUUUUCCAGACAGUUCUGGCUAAUAAGCCUCCAAGUAAUUUGAAAAUUUAGCCAACUGCUUAGUCUCUGAAUCACACUAUGUCUAUCCUAUUACUUGCUGGUGCACCUAAUAUUUUUUCCAAGUUAUUUUGAAGUUUCAAGGCUGUCUUUUUAUGAUAUAAUGAGAUUUAAUUCUCU